AUGGGUAUUUCAACACAACAGUGGCGCGGAGCCAUAGGGAUGUUUAUCCAUCGAGGACACUCGGCAAACAGAGACCCCUCAGCAUACAGAAACAGCCCUGUCUCCUUACGAUUGAUACAACAACUUUUGAUGAGAGCUGGGAUUGAAACCAACCCAGGGCCAAACCCACUAGAGGCUACAGAUGCCAUGUAUAAGUUGGGCCAUCAGAUUGUAGCAUGCAAUAAGGAUGGAGAGCUGACCAAGCAAGCUGAACUGAUGUGUAAGCUUGGAAAUGAAUAUGCAGAACUAGGGAAAGAAACAUCAGAUGGUUGGCACUUUAAUUGGGCUGCAGCACUCUUUAAUUCUGCAAAACAACGGAUUGAAAAGGAUCAGGUAACAAACUCAGAUAGUCAUUGUAAUGUUGACUAUAUAAACCAACAUCUGCAACAAAUAGAGACCAACUUUCUGAAAACUGUAUGUAAAAAAAACACUGAACCAACAUUGAGUUGUACAAAGAAAUACAAAGAAGAAAUUGAGAAAUUAAGGGAAUAUUCCAAUGAGACUGUAAAUGCUAUUCAUAUUAAUGAUAUGCAAAUUGACAGUGUCACAUCUGAAAUGACUAAUGAAAAUGAAGAUGAAACAAUUGCUCAUAGCAGGGAUUAUUAUGAUAAACUGAUAGAGUUCAUUAUAUCUCUAUAUAACACAAUGCUUGAUGAUUGCAUAUCAGUCCUUGGGGCACCAAAGUGCAGGUAUGCCAUUUUGGGUCUAGGAUCGCUGGCUCGAAAAGAGGCAACGGCCUGGUCAGAUCUUGAGUCGGCCAUUCUGUAUGACCCAGGUGACAAAACAGAGAAUGAAAUCAAAGAAAUAAAGCAAGAAUUCAGAACUCUUGUGCAUUAUUUCCAUAUGAAGAUAAUAAAUCUUGGGGAGACAUUGAUUAACAAUCUUGACAUCCCAGUUCUUAAUGAUUUCAAUGAUAAACUCCCUAAACAUUUGAAAAACAAUGACUUUUAUGACACAAUCACAAAGAGAGGUCUUAGCUUUGAUGGUACCCAACCAAAAGCAAGCAAAACUCCAUUUGGUAGGCAAUCAACACGAAAUCCUAACAAAUGUACAGGUCUAGAACUGAUAAUGACUGUUGAAGAGAUGGCUCAGUGUCAGCAAGAAGAUGUGUCCAUUAAGGAAGGGUAUCAUCUCAGUGAUGUCCUUCUCACAUCCACCCUUAUAAAAGGAGACCUUGCUCUCUGGGAACAAUAUAAUAACAAGGUUCACAUAAUACUAGCAUCAUCUUCUACUAAUAACCCAAACAUAUCAAUAGGCAGGGAACGUGGGCUGGAAACACUGGCAGAGGAUUUAGAAAAUUACAUUAGAAAUCCUCUUGCGCCAGAGUCAUUUAGUAAAAAAAUACACACAAAACACACUAUAUACAGAUUUGCCACAAUCUCAAUUAACAUAUUGAAGCUUUUACAUAACUGUCAGUCAUUUUCCCCACUUGAUAUACUUGAGGAAUUACAUCAAAGGAAAAUCCUCAGUGAGAGAGCAAUGAAAGAUUUACAAAUAAUGACCUGUAUAGUAACUAAUAUGCGUCAUCUUGUCUAUGGCAGAUAUGAUGAACAACAGGAUCCUAUAUCAUUCAUAAUAAGAUCAAACGUUGAAACAAAAGGGAACGUAGUUGAUUAUUCAAACAUGAUUUCUGUUCGGGAUUACACAGCAAUAUUCAGAUUCUUCAUGACAUUUAAACCUUGGUCAGAAUUUCUGCAACAUUUAAAAGUAGAUAGAACUCUUGAAAAUAAACAAAGGUAUAUAGAUACAAGUUACAGAAUAAAAGCUGAGCUGUAUAAAAACAUGAAUUUCUGUAACAGUGCAAUUGAGACAUUUAAACAAGAAGAGGGAAGAAUCUUAUCACUCACAACAAAAGGUCAUGAAAUUGAGCUAAGUGAUGUGAAACACAACAUAGCCAGAGUGUAUCUAUCACAAGGAGAGAAUAAUAUAGCAAUAAAAUACAUCAAUGAGAGUAUGAUAUUGUUGAAACAAUUGUAUGGGGACCAUCAUAACAUAAGGUUAGCAAUCUCAAUAUCCCUCAUCGGCCUUGCAUACAGCUCUAAAGGUGACUACACCAGAUCUAUACAAAACCAUAAAGAGAGUCUGACCAUGAUGAAGCUGAUUCAUGGUGACCAUCCUCACACUGACAUAACAGCCUCAUUAAAUAAUAUUGGUAAUGCAUAUCAAUCUAAAGGAGACUAUAACAAGUCUAUAAAAUACCAUGAGGAGAGUCUGACCAUGAGGAAGCUGAUUCAUCUUGAUCAUCCUCACACUGAUAUAGCAAAUUCAUUAAAUAAUAUUGGCUCUGCAUAUCAAUCUAAAGGAGACUAUAACAAGUCUAUAAAAUACCAUGAGAAGAGUCUGACCAUGAUGAAGCUGAUUCAUGAUGAUCAUCCUCACACUGGUAUAGCAAAUUCAUUAAAUUGUAUUGGUAUUGCAUAUCAAUCUAAAGGAGACUAUAACAAGUCUAUAAAAUACCAUGAGGAGAGUCUGACCAUGAUGAAGCUGAUUCAUGGUGAUCUUCCUCACACUCACAUAGCAACUUCAUUAAAUAAUAUCGGUAAUGCAUAUCAAUCUAAAGGAGACUAUAACAAGUCUAUAAAAUACCAUGAGGAGAGUCUGACCAUGAGGAAGCUGAUUCAUGGUGAUCAUCCUCACACUGAUAUAGCAAAUUCAUUAAAUAAUAUUGGUAUUGCAUAUCGAUGUAAAGGAGACUAUAACAAGUCUAUAAAAUACCAUGAGAAGAGUCUGACCAUGAGGAAGCUGAUUCAUGGUGAUCAUCCUCACACUCACAUAGCAAAUUUAUUAAAUAAUAUUGGUAUUGCAUAUCAAUCUAAAGGAGACUAUAACAAGUGUAUAAAAUACCAUGAGGAGAGUCUGACCAUGAAUAAGCUGAUUCAUGGUGAUCAUCCUCACACUGAUAUAGCAACCUCAUUAAAUAAUAUUGGUAAUGCAUAUCAAUUUAAAGGAGACUAUAACAAGUCUAUAAAAUACUAUGAAGAGAGUCUGACCAUGAGGAGACUGAUUCAUGGUGAUCAUCCUCACACUGAUAUAGCAAAUUCAUUAAAUAAUAUUGGUACUGCAUAUCAAUCUAAAGGAGACAAUAGCAAGUCUAUAAAAUACCAUGAGGAGAGUCUGACCAUGAUGAGACUGAUUCAUGGUGAUCAUCCUCACACUGAUAUAGCAGCCUCAUUAAAUAAUAUUGGUGCUGCAUAUCGAUGUAAAGGAGACUAUAACAAGUCUAUAAAAUACUAUGAGGAGAGUCUGACCAUGAACAAGCUGAUUCAUGGUGAUCAUCCUCACACUGAUAUAGCAGCCUCAUUAAAUAAUAUUGGUAAUGCAUAUCAAUCUAAAGGAGACUAUAACAAGUCUAUAAAAUACCAUGAGGAGAGUCUGACCAUGAGGAAGCUGAUUCAUGAUGAUCAUCCUCACACUGACAUAGCAGCCUCAUUAAAUAACAUUGGUACUGCAUAUCGAUGUAAAGGAGACUAUAACAAGUCUAUAAAAUACUAUGAGGAGAGUCUGACCAUGAAGAAGCUGAUUCAUGGUGAUCAUCCUCACACUGACAUAGCAGACUCAUUAAAUAAUAUUGGAGACAAUAACAAGUCUAUAAAAUACCACGAGGAGAGUCUGACCAUGAGGAGACUGAUUCAUGGUGAUCAUCCUCACACUGACAUAGCAGACUCAUUAUAUAAUAUUGCUGAUGCAUAUCAAUCUAAAGGAGACAAUAACAAGUCUAUGAAAUACCACGAGAAGAGUCUGACCAUGAGGAGACUGAUUCAUGGUGAUCAUCCUCACACUGACAUAGCAGACUCAUUAUAUAAUAUUGCUGAUGCAUAUCAAUCUAAAGGAGACAAUAACAAGUCUAUAAAAUACCACGAGGAGAGUCUGACCAUGAGGAGACUGAUUCAUGGUGAUCAUCCUCACACUGACAUAGCAGACUCAUUAUAUAAUAUUGCUGAUGCAUAUCAAUCUAAAGGAGACAAUAACAAGUCUAUAAAAUACCAUGAGGAAGCUGAUUCAUGGUGA